AUGGAUGGGGUUGAAAAGCCCCCUUCCUUGCUCUCGGACGCCGCCACCACCACUCAUGAAGUCGGAGCCAACCCGUCUACGCCGGAAAGAAAGCUAGGCCGUCGGAGGUUGACUUUGUGGAUCGCCGCCGUCGUUCCCCGAGCAGUUACGUCGCCGCCGCCCUUCCAUCUUCCUCAUAUGCCGUCGUCUUCAUCUUCUGGCAUGCGACGCUCGUCGUCGGUGCUACUCCAACCGCCAUCGCUACCUUCUGCCAGUGGAAGUCGUUGUGGAGUCGCUACCAUCGCGGAAAGCCGUUGUUUCCCGCUAUCUCGCGCCACCGCCGCCCCAGCGGCUGUUCCCUUUCGCUGCCGACCUCCAUCCACUGCACGCCACCAGGUGGGGGCUGUUCAAUCUAGAGUGCGAAGUUGUUGCUGA